AUGGACUCGAAUGAUGGACCACCUAAACAUUUUCUCACUCCACCAUCCCCUUCUACCGAACUUCCACAAAAUACCGAAGUAGCCCGCCCCACGCAUAAUUACUCACUUGACCACUCUCUACAUGACAAAAUAAAAAUGGAAAUGCCCUCGGGGAAAGCCUCUCUAUUCCGACCACCAGCUUUUACACUGGAUCUCUUCAAUGACUAUGUCGAUGACGAAGACCAGACCAUUAAAGAGGAGCUUGAAGUCACGACUGUGUCCAAUACGCAGGGUAUAGACAAUCGAACGCGUUUACUUCCUGGAUUCUCUACUCCUGAGCAGACGUCAAGUGUCCCAUCAUCAGAUAAUACAGCACAAGGAGGGCAAUUUUUGAAGGCUGGGAACGACCAAAACGAGGAUAGCCAUUAUGAUGAUGACAUUGAAGUGGGUGUAUUCGCCCACAGAACCAAGCGUCCCAGGCCCUUUCGUCCAAGCUCGAACCCAUUUGUCUCGACACCUAGGGUCCCUACACUCACACAACAAGGUCGUCUACCAAAGGAGUUACUCACUGGAUACCGUCGAGCGCAACAGGACAUUGUCUUGAGACAAGAGUCUUAUCCAGAAUUUGACUAUACAGCCAGCACCUCACGACGACGAAGCACGAAACAGUCAUAUGGGCGUGUUCAUACGACACUACCUACUACAAAUCUGAUCCCCACUGGCGGCGGAGGGUAUCUGGUUACAAACUCCUUUACGACGAGCGCACAACGGAAACGCCUCGAGCAGCAGGAGAAACUCGAGAGAGUCCUUACAGAUCUCGAAGAAUGCGUCGCAGCGUGUCCGACCGACGUCAAAUUACAGGGGAAGCUAUUACAUCUCAGGACACUUCAGAACCGUCUAGAGCAAAGCGAACAUACAGUGCUCAAGGGCCAGGAGGCUGCGCUUAUCAGAGAUGUAGAGAAGAUGCUACAACGGAAGAGGAUGAGUAUUGUCAAGGCGGAGUUUGAGAGCCAGGCAAGAGCGAUGGUCGAGAAUAUGUCAACGUCGUUGUCGCCAGGGACACAGCGCAGGAAGCAGCGUGCCUACGAUGAAGAGAUUGGGUCAAUGUCGCCUCUGUCGUCAGUAUGGAGUGAGACCGUCGCUCCAUCGGAAAGAUCUUCGUCUUCGCAUCCUUCUACAGGUGGGAAGACGGUUCCUCCAUCUUACUAUCAGGAGCAUAAGCACGGAAGACCUAAGCGUGAAUUGGAACGAGAUGCAUACGCGGAUGAUGGAAAGAAUGACAUCAGAGGUGAUGAUGAGGAUGUGGUUGGGGAUGAUGAAUAUGGAAGAAAGACGUACGGCGGCAAGACAAUCGCACAGGAAAACGCAACUCCUGUUAGUGACUUUGAUAUCGCAAAGGUCCUCAUGGAGGCGACAGCAGAGGAAGUAGACGAGAAAGAUGCAAAGGAGGAUAGUGGUGAUGAUGUCGGUCAAAGUAGUGAUGAGGAUACGGGCGAUGAACGUGACAUCGGUGGCAAGGGGGAUAACAAAUGCAAGGGAAACGAUGACAACGAGGAUGGUACAGGCGAAGAGAACGUUACUGGCGACAAGGGUAAAGAGAGCAAUGAGAAUGGAACUGACAACGAGCAGAAGGAGGGCGAUAAUGAUGAUGAGGACAGUGGCAAUGAUGAAGAUGAAGAUGAGUAG